CGCACGCGCCGGGGAUUCUAUUUCCGGUUCGAACAGUUUCCUGCGAACACACAGGCUUCAUGGAGAUUCUAACCGUGUUUACAGACUGACAUGCCAAGCCGUGGCUCCGAGGCUGUUUUUCCUUUCGUGUUUUUUUUCUCAGCAGAGAGACGAUAACGGCUGCGGCUCGUUAGUGGGUCAUACCGAAGGGAGAGCAGCUGAAGCCUGCCUUUAUUGAGUCAAAAUGGCGUCUGGUUCUCCACUCAGUUCGGCUUUAAUCCAUCUGUGAUUACUCCGACAGCAACCUGUAACUGGUUACCGAGCGUUUUGGAUUCAGGCAGGUUGAAGCACACGCGUUGUCAUGUCGGACUCGGAGGAGGACAGCCAGGACAAGCAGCUUAAAAUAGUGGUGGUUGGAGAUGGAGCAUGUGGGAAGACAUCACUCGCCACUAGAUUUGCACAGGAGGCCUUUGGGAAGCAGUACAAACAAACUAUCGGCCUGGAUUUCUUUCUGAAGAGAAUAAGCCUUCCAGGUAACUUGAAUGUGACUCUUCAGGUGUGGGACAUUGGAGGCCAAACAUUAGGGGGGAAAAUGCUGGAUAAAUAUGUAUAUGGAGCCCAUGGGGUCCUUCUAGUAUACGACAUUACAAACUACCAGAGCUUUGAGAACCUGGAGGAUUGGUUCAACUUGGUAAAGAAAGCCAACGAGGAAUCUGAUAUCCAGCCCGUUGUUUUCUUGGUGGGCAAUAAAAUCGACCUGGAGCACAUGAGGACCAUAAAGGCAGACAAACACCAGCGCUUCUGCCAGGAAAAUGGCCUCAUCAGUCAGUUUGUAUCGGCAAAGACGGGUGAUUCGGUUCACCUUUGUUUCCAGCGAGUAGCUGCUGAAAUCCUUGGUAUCAAGCUAAAUAAAGCAGAAAUAGAGCAGUCCCAGAGGAUCGUGAAAGCUGAGCUGGUGGACUACCCACAGGAUGAAGGCCCCAUUAGACAUGAGAACGCUCAGCAGAGCAAAAUCUGUUUGCUUCAGUAAUUGAAACGUGUGGUAAAGGCGGACAUCGUGAACUACAGUCAGGACUCCGUAGCCAGGACGGUCAACACCCCUCGCAGCUCCAUGUGUGCAGUUCAGUGAUCUCUCCAACAGAAACACACAUGUAUCAAGAUGUAAAAUUGUCUUCAGUCAGUAUUAGUUUGUUAGGAAUUUUGAGUGAACUGGAUAAGAAAGUGUUUGGAUCAGGGUCUCUGUAUUCUUGUUUCAGUCAUACUGUGGGGAUGCAGAACAGCCGCAUAGUUCAGAUAUUUAGCAGGACUUAAAUCUUCACUGGUUCACCAAAAUAAAAAAAUGGGACCUCAUUUUUUGUUUUUAAGUUUAUGUGCAGCUAUCAAUUUUUCAUACACUGUUAAAGCUUUUACCUGAUAUAUAUUUUAGAGUCAAGCUGGUUAUUUAAAAAAGCAGUAUAGGAGUAUAUUUUUUGUUUUUUUUGCUUAGGCUUCUCGUUUCAUAGAGUCAGCAUGAGUCAGCAUUAACAACUGUUUGCCACAUGCACUCAAUGUUAAGUUUCAAAUGUUUAAUUGUGACCGAGGUGAAAUCAACAUCUUUUAUGAUUUCCCUAAAAUCUUUUCUGCUAAUUGUGCAAUUCACCAGUAAAACUGAUAAACAGAAGUGAAAUUCCUGCUGUUGCUGAAAAUCUUUUUACAAAUUCUUUGCAGGUCAAUCAUUAAGUUACGUCUUGCAAAAUUUUAUUGAUUCAGGUUUUUAUUAGAUCGAUUUAAAAUACAGGUGAAUAAUUCUGCUAUUCCUAUAUUUUGUUUUCUCUCUUUAAUUCUGCUAGAUCCUGUGAAGUAUUGAUAGGCCUAAAUAGAGCUGAAAUGUCAAGAGUGCAUACCUGAGAGUCCAUAAAGCUUUACUUUCAGUUGUAAAAUGAAGGUAUAUCUUGGAGAAUGAAAAUAAGGUCUGCAUUUUCCUGUUUGUCUUAAAUGUGUGUUUAAUUUUUUUUUUAGCUUGUCCAUCUCCAUGUGUUCAGUUUCUAACAUCUGUUUCCAAAUGGAAUCUUCAUGAUGCUAUACGCCAGCUUGAUGUUAAAAAAUAAAUGUAAAACUAAAUUGUCGCUUUAUCAAUGCUUGUAAAAUAUGUACCAGUACAAUAAGUCAUCUCACUUAUCAGAGAGCAUCCUGUAAACAAAAUAUACUUUUGGUAAUGUAGAGUUAUAUUUGACAUCUUGUUACCAAAUAAAGAAAUAUUACAUGGAAAACUAA